AAAAAAAGAGUAAAGACCCAAGUAAGGUGAGUAGAUCCAAGGUUUGGAUUGCGGGACACACUCAUGCUGAUGGCAGACCUGUGAAGCCCCAGUUUGCUGAGACUAUUGUAAGCAUUAUGGAAGUUGUAUAUUGUGUAUAGUUAAUAGACUAUGGCAAUGAAUGAUUUUGUGUUUAAAUGAUUGUAUCAGGAACAAAUACAGUCACUUGACAGUCGGAUGGACUCCACAUCAGCUGCUGAUAACAUAAGGGAAGAUGCUGUGAGCAAGGUUUUGGGAAAAGACAAACCUGGACGAGUAAGGGGCUUUGGUAGAGGGAUUACAGCUAAUAAGCUAGCAUAUCUGCAAUUUAGAGACGCUAAGAUUGCAGAAAUGAAAAGUGAGAUUGAAGAGUUAAAGGGGAUGGUGCGAGAAUUAGCUGAGAAGAAGAAAAGUAAUGUUGAUGCUGAAACAUCUGAGAGUAGUGGUGGAUUCAAAGAAGGAGUCAGAGUACAAAUACUGGAUUGGAUUGAAUCAGAGGAUGUUGUUGUUGGUGAAGGAGAAUUCUGCUCUGCUGAACCGAAGUACAAAAUUGGUCGUAUACCAAUUGGUCCUAAUGCAGUGGCUAUCGUAGUUAAGUAUGCACUAAGCGCAUCAGCUUCACUCUGGAGGCCUACUACGGAUGUGUUAACUCUUGAUGAAGCUGUGGGAUACAAGAUAUCUUGGCCAAUGGAUAAAGUGAUUUUGGAUAAGGAUCCAAACUGUUCUGAAGAUUUAUCUAUGCAAAGCAAGGAAGGUGAAUAUCGAAGAUGCAAGAUAUAUGAUUGGACCAAUGAUGAGGACGAGGUCAUUGCUGAAGGUCUCGUGUGCUCUUCAAAAUCCAAAGACAUGGUUAACAACAUACCUCUGGGUCCCAAUGCUGUUAGUGUCGAAGUAGUGAAGGUGUUCAAUGAUCAAGCAUAUUUGUGGAGGCCAACCGCUGAUAUGUUCUUGAUUGGUGAUGCACUUAGCGAGAAAAUAGCAUGGCCAGUCCUAAAGGUUGAAGUCAUGCCUACACCUGCUACAGAAGUAACACCAACUAAAUGUGCAGGGAAGAAAAUAGCAUCACCUUCGAAGCCAGCCAAGAAAAAAGCAGUGAGUCCAGGCAGCACUAGUUCGACCAGAAGUCCGAAGCAGAAGUGCACUCUCUUGGAUUGCAACAACUCUGGACGUAAGGUAGCUGAAGGAAGGGUAGCUUCAACGGAUCCGAAUGAGUUGUGCCACUUUGUACCCCUAGGUCCAAAUGCAAGCAAGGUGUGGAUUGAUGUGGCUAAGAUCGGUGAUGCAAAAGUCUGGAGGCCAAAUUCAGAGAUUGAAUACAUAUCUGAUGCAAUGGGUUCGGUUGUGGCAUGGCCAAAUGACAAAAUCAAGUUUGUCUAAA